AUGACCCAAGAUAUGCCAAAGGUUUUACUAGUGGGCCCUGGUGGCGUUGGAAGUGUCGUUGCCCUUGGAAUUGACUAUACAGGAAAAGCAGAUCUUUCAAUUGUGGUUAGAAGAGAUUAUCCAAAGGUCUCGAAGGAUGGGUACGAAUUUAAAUCCAUUGAUUAUGGUCAUGUAACACACUGGAAACCUCACAAUAUCUUCCCUAAUAUUGAAGAAGCAAUCCUCCCAGAUAACGAGUACUAUGACUUUGUUAUCAUUACUACAAAAUCCCUCCCGGAUAUAGUGAAAAUGGAAGAUGUGAUUGAGAAGGUCAUUACUCCCAGGAAAACCACAAUUGUGCUCAUUCAAAAUGGAUUUGGGAUUGAACGUCCAUUUUUAAAAAAGUAUCCAAAGAAUAUUUGCCUUUCGGGAGUUUCGCACAUUGGAUCACAUAACUUUAAUGGUGUCAUUCAUCAAACACAACACGAUCGCUGCUUUAUUAGUUGCUUUUUCAAUGAGGCGAUUCCUUUAGAUAUUCAAAAAUUGAAAGCUGAAGAGUUCAUCACCCUCUACAGCAAUGCAAAAAAUGCGGUAUCAUACUACCCCGACGUCAAGAAAUACAGAUACAUGAAAUUGGUGUAUAAUGCAGCGAUGAAUACCACAUGUGCACUUACAAGGGUUGACACCGGAAGAUUAGAAGUUGCAGGCACAAAUGAUUCAAUUUGUGUUCCUGCUAUGCAUGAAGUUAUCGAUGUGGCCGAGAAGGACGGAGUUAAGCUUCCUGAAGGAAUCAUCAACAAAGUUAUUCAUUCUGAUGAUGGAGAUUGGUAUGAACCUUCAAUGUUGAUAGAUGUCAAGAAAGGUAAUCCAAUUGAACUUGAAGUAAUUCUAGGUAAUCUACUUAUAAGAGCAGGAGAAUUGGAUGUGCAAACACCAACAUUAACUCUUUUAUAUAAUCUUUUGAAGGCGGUCCAGCUAAAGCUAAGGGAGGGAAAAGGUCAAGUCAAGUUACCAGAAAAGAGACCCAUCACCGACAAGUAUUAUUCCUGA